AUGUGGAAUACGAUUGUUUCUGAAUUAACUUCUAAUCAUCAUUCUAUACCCUAUGGCUUGAAGAGAUGGUUUUUUUCUACCAAUCACAAAGAUAUCGGCAUAAUGUAUAUUAUAUUUGCCAUAUUUGCAGGAAUUGUUGGGGGGUUAUUCUCUGUAAUUUUUAGAUUGGAAUUGGCAGUGCCUGGUGGGCAUCUCUUAGGGACAAAUUAUCAACUAUAUAAUGUAUUAAUUACUGCCCAUGCAGUAAUUAUGGUAUUUUUUAUGAUUAUGCCAGCUCUGUUUGGGGGAUUUGGUAAUUAUUUCGUACCAAUUUUAAUAGGCGCCCCAGAUAUGGCUUUCCCAAGGUUAAACAAUAUAAGUUUCUGGUUACUUGUUCCUGCUUUUAUAUUAUUAAUCUUGUCAGCUUUUGUUGAUGGAGGACCUGGAACAGGCUGGACUCUUUAUCCUCCUCUUAGCAAUUUGGUCGGUCACCCCGGAGCAGCUGUUGACAUGGCUAUUUUAAGCUUACACAUCACUGGUCUUUCCUCCAUUCUUGGGGCAAUUAACAUGAUAGUUACCAUUUUUAAUAUGAGAACCGAUAAUAUGGGAUUAUUUGAAAUACCCCUAUUUGUUUGGUCAAUUUUAAUUACGGCAUUUUUGUUAAUAUUAGCUAUUCCGGUGGAGCAAUCACCAUGCUAUUGA